CAGCACAGUGUGUCAAGACCUCCUACAAUCCUUCGGCUGACUAGGAUCCACUCUCUCAACAACUUUGGAUUUCUUUGCUUUGACUAGAUAUGAAGGACUGUAGGAAUUAGAGCACAUACGCUAUGGUUUUUGAAUAGAAAAUAAGUAGUUCAUAGUAAAAAAGCAAGUAGGUUGGGAACUCCUUUGGGAUUUUUCCCCCCUUUCAUUUUGUUUUUUUCCAGCGUCCCUCUUUGUUGCAGAAACUGAUGCUUCUUCCUGCUCAUGUGAGAGUGAGACAUUCCCACUUGUGUGUUUGAGGGAAUGGUGAUGGAUGUACAUGCAGGCCUGAAACGGUUCUGCCUGACUUUUAGGAUGAGUAACGUAAUUGCUCAUUCAGCUGAAGACGUCCUGGGAACCUUCUCGUCGACCCCUGACCGAGCAGAAACCACCUCGCCGCCAUGUCCCGUGAUUCAGACCCGUACGUCUUCUCCACUGACACUCUGCCCAGUGACCUGCGCUUCCUCCCUCCCCUGGCCAACGGGCAUCUGGGCUGGAGGGUGUACAACCAAAUCAUGCACGUUGGUGGCGUGUAUAACGGGGAGGGAGGACGUUGUCACCGAGCAGAUGUCCCCUGUCCUCUGGCUGUCAGAGCUGAGACAGAGGAACCUGCCCAGCACACCUACAGUCUGGACACAAACACAGGCAUUUUUACACACACUCUAAGCUCAGCCAGAGUUACUGCCUCGCAGUUUUUGUAUUCACACCGACACUACCCUAACCUGAUGGUGAUGGAGGUUUUAUUGGUGCGGCAGGUGACGUCAGAGGAGCCGGUAACUGUUAAACUGGAAAGCUCGUUCACACCUCACAGCAAAGACAUUGUUUUUGAGACUGGUCCUGAUUACAAGGGAGGGAGGCACAUCCAUGGACAGACGACCGCUGCUGAGUUCCCCGGUGGCUCCUGUCCCACAGUGCAACUUAUCUGGACCCCCAUACCCCAGACUCUGACGCUGCUCGCAGGACAGAGCCAGGCUCGCUGGGGCUUCGUCCUGGUUGCGACCAAUGGUCUAGAGUCUGCUGAGGCCGGCUAUGAUGAGGCCCUGGACCUGAUGGCGACUGGUAACCUGCGUCUGUCUCACGAGAAGGCCUGGAAAGAGCUGUGGCUCCAGAGCAAGGUUGAGGUGACAGGGUCCGAGACCCUCAGCAAGGCUCUGAUUGGCUGCAUGUUCUACCUCCUCAGCGCCUUCCCCUCCAUCCAUGACACCUCCAGCUCCUUCGGUGGAGUCAGUCCAGGCGGGCUGUCUAAUGGCGGGGAUGGUCAGGACUACUGGGGCCAUGUUUUCUGGGACCAGGACAUCUGGAUGUAUCCUGGGAUAGCCCUUUUCUACCCCAGGCUAGCCCGGGCUGUGCUGGAGUACAGAGUGGGGACUAUAGAUGGCGCUAAAGACAAUGCACAAAAGCAGGGCUACAAGGGCCUUAAGUUCCCGUGGGAGAGUGCUGUGUCAGGGAGAGAGGUGUGUCCAGAGGACAUUUAUGGACAACAAGAGAUUCACAUCAAUGGCGACAUAACCCUGGCCUUCCAGCACUACCUCUACCUCAGUGAGGACCUGUCCAUGUUCCGAGAGGGAAAGGGCAGCGACGUGAUAUAUGGCGUGGCUGAUUACUGGGUUUCUAGAGUAACAUGGAGCCCCGAGGACCAGAAAUAUCACCUCCUUGGUGUAAUGCCGCCUGAUGAGUAUUAUUACAAUGUCAACAACUCUGUGUACACAAACACUGUGGCCAAGUUCAGUCUCCAGUUUGCUGUAGAGUUGGCUGAUCUCCUCCAACAUCCCGCACCAAAGGAAUGGAAAGAAGUGGCUGAACACAUCAAGAUACCGUUUGACCAAGAAUCUCAGUACCAUCCUGAGUACGAUGGCUAUAUUAAAGGUCAUCCGGUGAAGCAGGCGGACACGGUGAUGUUGGGCUACCCUCUUGGACUGCCGAUGUCUCUGGAGGUCAGAAGAAAUGAUCUUGAGGCGUACGAGCCAGUGACAGACCCUCAGGGUCCAGCUAUGACGUGGGGUAUGUUUGCAAUCGGUUGGCUGGAGCUGGGGGAGGCUGAGAAAGCUCAAGGUUUACUCGAAAAGUGCUUCAGCAACAUCCAGGGCCCGUUCCAGGUGUGGAGUGAAUCAUCAGAUGGCUCUGGUGCAGUCAACUUUCUCACGGGUAUGGGAGGAUUCCUGCAAGCUGUGCUGUUUGGUUAUACUGGCUUCAGAGUUCAGCGGGAAUGUCUGGCCUUUUCCCCACAUCUUCCCAAUGAUAUUUCUGAACUCUGCAUCCGUGGUGUGAACUACCUGGGCAGUCAGAUGGACUGGCUGUUGAGGAAAGAUGAAGUUUGUGUCAUACUGAGGGAACAGACGAGGGGCGACGGCAACGCUAAGCCCUACGAUCUACAGGUUGUCCUGAAGGCAUCAGGGACUAAAAUCCCUCUCGCACCAGGGCAGCCGGUAACUUUUCCACGAGAGCCUGGGAAUGUUUGUAAACUGGCUUCGACGUCUUCCUGCUGGCCUCUGUGAAACAGGAAUCCCAGACUUUCCUCCUUAUCAUUUCAAUUACACAUGAUUAAUAAAAUACAUUGAGCAAGCUACUUUAUAUCUACGGUGCUGUUAUGUUGUAUGCUGACAAACUUGACCAAACAUGGACAAAACGUGUGAAAUUCAAUAAAGGGGGCAACAUGAAUUCCAUGUCUUUUAUGACUGUUGUUAAAUCUACGGAAGCGUACGGAAAUCAUUGCAUUCACUGAAUAGAAAAAAAAUGUGUGUGUGGCAGAGGGCGUGUUCUUCCUGAGUUCCUUGGUGGGCUGCACACGGUUCCUGAUCAAGCUUAUUAUCUCCUGCAUUAAAUCUGUGACUGAAUUAAAGAGCAAGUUCAUCACAAAUAAGCAUAAUUUGCAAACAUGUUGCCUCUGGCAUGGUAGGGAUGUAGAACCUGCUAAUUUCUUUUUAUAAAAUUCUGCAGCUUGUUUUUUGGGCUAAAUGGAAAAAAUGUUGGGGACAAGAUGAUUUGUCUAUCUUAAAAUUUCAAGGACAGUGGCCUCCAAUCAUUUCUGGCGAUUUAUUUACAUUUUCUGGUAUGUUUUUUGAAUAAGCUGCUUAGUUCUGUAAUAUGACAUUGACAUCCAAAAUUAUAAGCCAAUUGUAUCUUAAAAUAAAUAUAUUCAUAUUGUUUA